AUGGGCGAAAAUUCAAAAGUUUUUUAUGUUGAUAGCUUAGAAUUGGAUAUUGGUUUAGAAUCAGAAAUUUGUGAGGAUAACUUGGCUGCUACUUGUGAAAAUGAAACUACAACUUUGUAUUCUGGCAAAAGGUUUCUGAUCUGGAAGGUCUGUGAAAAUUUCCUCAAAAAAUGGGCUAAAAAACAAGUGUUUCAUAUUAUUAAGGAUCGUGUUUCUCAUGAAGAUAAUAUUAUUCGUAGAUGGACUUUUUUAUGUGAAUACAGCCGCUCUUAUGAUUCAAAUUCACAUAAAGACACCAAAACAAAAAAGAAAAAAUACACUUUUCUUGUUAAUGUUUCUUGUCUGAAGGUUAAGAAUCUCGAAGAUGCUGAAAUCUUGGAUGAAGAUGAUUUAGCAAUUAGCAUUCAAGAUCAUGAAGCCGAUAGCUUACAAGUUGUGCUUAAGGAAAUGUUUAAGUUUGUUGGUGUGUCUAAUAUUAAAGAAAUUUGGGCUAUCAGCAUCGGCAAUUCAUUGAAGGCUAAACAUUAUAUUAUUUUUUUACUUCAAGAAUUUGUGGAUAAUAUUGAUGAAUCAGACUCUGAGUCAGAAGAUGAACAGAAUAAUAACGAUAAAGAAAAUAUUAAUCCUAUAGUUUCUUUGAAAAAUCUAAAAGCAUGGCGUGGUAAAGGCUGGCCAACAGACACAAACUGGUUUAAAUCUGUUCACAAAGCACCAAAACUCAAAGUUAAUUAG